CUUGUGUUUAGAGCCCAGUAUUAAGUUCUCCAAACCCAAGGACAUACAUUGGAUCUGGAAAGAUUUCAGAAAUGAAGAAUGCAAUUCAUGCAUUGGAGGUUGAGACUGUAAUAUUUGAUGAUGAGCUUUCUCCAGGGCAAUUGCGCAAUAUAGAAAAAGUGUUUGGUGGAAAUGUUAGAGUUUGUGACCGCACAGCCCUUAUCCUGGAUAUCUUUAAUCAGCGAGCAGCAACACAUGAAGCAGCUUUACAGGUUGCAUUAGCCCAAAAGGAAUAUCAGUUGCCUCGAUUAACUAGAAUGUGGACCCACCUUGAGCGUCAAGCGGGAGGCAAGGUGAAGGGUAUGGGUGAGAAGCAAAUAGAGGUGGAUAAGCGUAUUUUACGUAAUCAAAUUGGCGCCCUUAAAAAAGAGCUAGAAACUGUUAGGAAACACCGGAGGCAAUACCGAACUCGGCGUUUUUCUGUACCUGUUCCCGUGGUGUCUUUGGUUGGGUAUACAAAUGCUGGAAAGAGUACACUUCUAAAUCAACUGACCGGAUCUAAUGUUCUUUCUGAAGAUCGCUUAUUUGCAACCCUGGAUCCCACUACAAGAAGGGUUCAGGUGAAAAAUGGGAAGGAGUUUCUUCUCACAGAUACUGUUGGCUUUAUCCAAAAGUUACCAACUACCCUGGUUGCUGCCUUCAGGGCAACACUAGAGGAGAUAUCAGAAUCUUCGCUGUUGGUGCAUGUAGUGGAUAUCAGUCAUACGCUAGCAGAACAACAGGUUGAUGCUGUCGACCAGGUUUUGUCAGAACUAGAUGUUUCAUCAAUUCCAAAACUAAUAGUCUGGAAUAAGGUCGAUGGUGUUAGUGACCCCCAAAAAAUAAAGUCAGAAGCUGAGAAAAGAGAUGAUGUGAUUUGCAUAUCUGCUUUGACUGGUGAAGGUUUGGAUGAAUUCUGCGAUGCAGUUCAAGAAAAAUUGAAGGAUUUUAUGGUUUGGGUUGAAGCUCUUGUGCCUUAUGACCAAGGGGGACUUAUAAGUACCAUACAUCAGGUUGGAAUGGUAGAGAAAACGGAAUAUACAGACAGUGGGACACUGGUUAAGGCACACGUUCCUCUUCGUUUUGCUAGGUUGCUUACACCCAUGAGACAUCUUUGUAAAUCAUGAACCAUCUUCUAGUUUUACCUUGAAUUCUUCCUGUAUUCAUGCGUGUGUAAAUAUAUAUAUUGUAAAGAAGGGAAAAGAGCAAAUCCAUACUUUUCACUAUAUACAAGCUACGUCUCCAAAUGGAAAAAUGUGGCAUUACAUAUUUGUCCAUAUUUAUGCUCCAAGAAAUGUAUAGAAAAGCAUUAUUGCUAAGCGAUGAACAGGAAAAUUGCUUGCACUGGUAAAUGUUUUCUGCCA